AAUUGCUCUCUUUAGAACAUUUUCAGUAUUUCAUACUGAAAAAGCCAGUCAAACAACUGCCCCCCCUGCCUGCUUGGACACAUACUAGUCCUGCUGUGUCCGUGCUUCAUCACCUAUGUCAUGGACACACUUCCUUGAUUGACAGCUGUGAGUGCAGGGCUCACAGCUGGAGGAAAAACCCUCUCACUGUCAACUUGUUUCCCGCUACUUUCAGUGAGGAAAAGCUGGGAGUUGUAGUUUUGCUAAUGCUAGGGGAGAUGUGAGCAGACAGCAUACUGAGGGAGGGGGCGGAGACCCGCACAGUGAGGCCACACCCCCUCCCUUUGAGAGAAAUUCAGACUAGUAAGCUAAAUUAAAAGUGUAAAAAAAUAAAUAAAUAAAGGUGCUAGACCCAUACAAAUUAGAUUUACAUGGUCAGGAUUAGGUACUGAGUGAUAUAUAAAAUUUUUUUUUUUUUUUUGUUGGAUCUGACGGGUACGCUUUAAGCCUAUUAAAUAGGCAGAACCAGAGUAUUGGCACAACCUGAGUUCUCUUGUCUGCUGUUGCAUGAUUGUCCAUCAAAAUGAGGCAUCAUGAAUGAAGUGUCGGUCCUUCGCCUGCCAGUAAAGGAGGAUGUAAAUGAAGUGAUCCAUGGCUUGGAAGGGGCAGCACUCAAACACAGUGAUAGCCGUCUGCCUUUUCAGAUCUUCCCAGACCCUUGUGAAGAAGAAGAGGUCCCAGUGAAAAUGAGAGGAAGAUUGCCUUCCAUUGUGGUGGAGCCAACAGAUAUAAUAGAUGUGGAAAGCGGUGAGCUGAGAUGGCCACCAGAGUCUGCAAGAAGAGAAAGAGAGAAGGGUGAACAUGAUGGAGAAAAAGCAGAAGAAGAGGACAAGGAUCAACCUCCAGUGAUACCAUCAUGGUGGACUCGUGGAAACAGAAUUACGGACAAAAUAAAAGAGGCAACAGAAGACCCAGAACCUGAGCAGAAAUAACAUUUACAAUACUGGCACCUUGGAUCUUGCACUCCGCAAGAGGAAUGGCGAAUUCUAGAGACUGUAACAGAUAGAUAACUGACAGAUAAGCAUGGUCAGGUUUAUACUACAUUAAAAACAAGGGAAUUUUACACCUGUAAAUUAAAAGGUUAACAAAAACUAGAUUUCAUAUGUCCUUUGCUUGUAAUUUACUAAUGUAAGUCUAUGUAAUGUAAUAAAUAACAUAGUAAGUGAAUGUAUAUUUUUAAGUUUUACAUUGUGUCGAUUGUAUUUCAUGUUUUACAAAAUCUUUAAAGGGGUACUCCGCACCCCUAGACAUCUUAUCCCCU